UUGUAUACGCUAUUUAUAACUGUAAAGAUAGGCCUUGUGUUUUUUUUUUUUUUUUUUCAGAUUCAUUCUAUUUCAUCAAAUAUUUCAAUAGUUGAACAAUUGGUUGUGGUCACAUCAUCAGAAUCAGAAAUUAAUUUUACCGAACAACAUGUUUCUGGUAAUGUUUGGUGCAAAGAAUCUGUGCUACAGUUCGGUUUGUAUGGUGAAUCGGAAAAUUUAUCAGCACAACAUGAUGUUAAUGCGUUAUUUAAUAUUGGCACUAAUUCACGUCUUCAUCUUACAACGGAUAAUUUAGAGUUAUAUAUGGGUACAAAUCGUACUACCGAUGGUCAAUCGUUGGUUCUUUUAGAUGGAAAUUCAAGUUCAAAUAUUGCCUUUCAAAGUUCUGUAGGUCAAGUAGAAAUUGCAAAUACCAGUUGGUUUUCUAUUCGAGCAUUAACCUGGCGUCUAAGUUUAUCUGCACGACUAACAGUAGCAUCAACUUUUAGUGACGGACAUCGUCAUUUAGUUAUCAGUGUUAUCACCAACGACUACAGUAUUGAUAUUACUGUAGAAGAUGGAAAUCUAGCUGCUGUUGCCGAUUCUCAUAAUGUUGAAGUUAUUGGCGGUUAUACAGAUGUUUUAAUCGCCACUGGUAAUGUCACGCUUAACAUCAGUAACUAUUUUGGUUCUGUUGCAACAACACUGCUUCCACCACUCCAUUUUCCACGAGACAGUUCAUCACAUUUUGAUCAUCAAUAUAAAACUGGCCUUCCAUCAAUGACCACCAGUUUAGUAACACUAGAAAUACCAUUUAAUCGAACAAUUUCUACAACGUUAUCUCAGCUAACUAAUGUCAAAGUUACAAUUCCAGAAUAUCAGCUUAUAAAUUCAGAAAUAAAUUCUACGUCAACUGUGGUUGCUGAUACUGUCAGUGAUGCCAGUACAAAUGGCAUUGAUCAAAUGGGCUAUACAACAACAGAAACAAUAAAGUUUGUUACUGGAAUAACAAAUGCAACAGUCAAUUUUAAUUAUACUGAAUUUAACAGCACAACAAUAUUUGAAGACAUUUCCACUAAUGAUAAAACGGAUUAUAUUGUUUCUACAACAACUGCAACAGUAUCGGUUAGUUUACCAGAAAGCAUAGACGACCAACUGUCAACAGUGUCAACGCGGCUGAUUAUCGACAGUGACAAUGACGAUCGUUUAACUGCUUCAACAGCUUCAACACUUCUAAACGGAACACAAGUGUUAACCGAAAUUUCAGCUUUACUGGUCACCCCAUCAGUUUACACUGUGAUUCCACAACAAGUAUCACUGCCAAAUACUCUUAUCGAUGUAUCUUUA